GCAUAGACAAUAGAAUAUUUUUUGCCUGUGGAUGAAAAAGUCAGAAUGACAUUCUGUAAUUGUUUCUCUUCUUCUGUCAACUGUUGUGUUAGACAGGUUAUCCACAAUGGCUAAGCGUACUAAAAAGGUUGGAAUAACUGGUAAAUAUGGCACACGUUAUGGUGCUUCCCUACGUAAAAUGGUCAAAAAAAUGGAAGUCACUCAACACGCGAAAUAUACUUGCUCUUUUUGCGGAAAGGAUGCCAUGAAACGUAGCUGUGUGGGUAUUUGGUCAUGCAAGCGUUGUAAGAGGACCGUGGCUGGUGGAGCGUGGGUGUUCUCCACAACCGCUGCGUCAUCGUGCAGGUCUGCCGUGCGAAGAUUGCGUGAAGUGAAGUAAACAUCUAGAUUAAGGGAAUAAACAAAAACUAUCCUA